AUGACAAAGCUUGAGUAUUUGAACCUUUCCGACUGUAAGCAAUUGGAAGAGAUGCCUCGUCACAUAACAAAUCAGGUGUCUUUGAGAAAACUUCAUUUAUAUGGCACCCACAUGUUAAGGGAGAUACCAAUGAACAUCAGUCAGCUGAGCAAGUUGAAAGUGAUGGAGAUCGGGAGUGAGUUGCUCACAAGGCAACUGGAUAAUCUUCAAAUAGUGGAUAUUUCUGGGUGCCCCAUCAGCCAAUUGGAUCUCCGGGCGUGGUUGUUUGCUUCUUCUCGCUGCAGCCUUAAGCUGAUAAAUUUGUUAAGAACAGAAGAGUCCAAGAUUUCCAUCCCUCGGGACUGUUGUCCAGGCCUUCGGACUAUCUUCAUUGACUAUAAUAAACAUCUAACAGAGAUAGAAGUUCUACGAAGUACAGCGGAGGACAUAAGAUUGUCGGAGUGUAAAACGGUGAGGAGCAUAUGGGGUACUGAUGGUCUGGUAAAUAUGCAAUGGCUGACGAUAAUUGAUUGCCCCAAGUUAGAGGCGCUUCCCAAUUUCGUCCAAUUUUCAUCUCUCCGGGUAUUUGUUCUCCGAUGCUGCUACAGAGUCAAGAAAAUACAUGGUUUGGAGCAUUGCACAGCUUUGGAGGAUCUGGCAGCAGAAAAGAGGUGGAAGGAGGCGGGAGUAGAAAGUUUGGAGUGCAUGGAAAGUUUGAGGAUUGUGAAUCUCACAGCGAUCAACAGAUCAGGUGUUGAAGGUUUCAUUCAAAGCAUGCAGAAAUGGCCAGAGGAAAUUCUGAUAUGUACGCGGGAAGUCCCUGAAGAGAGUUCAUAUGUAAACUUUGUCUCCAACUAUCUCUCUGUCAUUGACUUGAAUGAUAACCAGAAUAUGAGUUCCAGUGCCCAUGGAACUCUAAUAUGCUUUGUUGUGGAAUGCCUAACCUCCUAA